ACCACCAUCAUCAUCAACAACAACAACAACACCAUCAUCAUCAUCAUCCCAAAAGGCGAUGUCGGGACAGCGCGUGUCCACCGCCGCCGCGUCGCUGUUCCUCUUCCUCUGCCGCCACUGCUGCUGCUGCCUGCCGCGUCGCUCCCGCUGCUGCUCCUGCUGCCGCCUGUCCCGCGGCGAGAUGGAGCAGGCGCGACGCAGCAGGCAGAUCGACGCGUCCAUCGCACACGAGCGGCGCGCGGCGAGACGCCUCGUCAAGGUCCUUCUGCUGGGCGCCGGCGAGAGCGGCAAGAGCACAUUCCUCAAGCAGAUGAGGAUCAUCCACGGCGGCGACUUCCAAGCGCCCGCGCUCCGCGAAUUCCGCUCCGCUGUGCGCGCGAACGCGCUCGGCGGAGUCAAAGCCCUCGUGGAGGCGAGGGAGCGGCUGUGUCUGCCGUGGAGCGAGAGCCGGAGCCAAACGGUGGCCGCGCGAUUCCUGCACGAGCUCGACGCUGCGUUGGAGCCUCGGAUUUGCCGGCAAGAGGACGCGGCUGUGUCUGGACGCGAACCCGGCUCGGGGGAGAUUCGCGGCGCUGCCUGCGAUGGUGCCGCUGGAGACGACGCCGAGGGGAUGGCACUGGCGACCACCCAAGACGCCUUCUCGCGACUGGUGCCGGCCAUGCAGCAGCUGUGGAGAGAUCGAGGGAUACAGGACACGUGGGACAGGCGCAGGGAGUUCCAGGUGGCAGAGUCCCUGAAAUUCUUCCUCGACAACCUGGAGCGCAUCUCUGAGCCGCUGUACACGCCGUCGCGCCAGGACAUCCUGCUUGCGCGACGCGCCACCAAGGGCAUCGUGGAGCACGAGUUCGUGAUCCACGGCGUGCCCUUCCGCAUGGUGGACGUGGGCGGCCAGCGCUCCGAGCGCCACAAGUGGUUCCAGUGCUUCGAGGGCGUCACCUCGAUCCUCUUCCUCGCCUCGUGCAGCGAGUUCGACCAGGCGCUGGCCGAGGACGGCGCCACGAACCGCCUGCGCGAGUCCAUGUCCGUCUUCGACACGAUCGUCAACAACCGCUUCUUCGCCGGCGUGUCCGUGGUGCUCUUCCUCAACAAGACGGACCUGCUGCUCGAGAAGAUCGCCACCGUGAGCAUCGCCGAGUCGUUCCCCGAGUUCCGCGGGGACCCGCGCUGCCUGGACGACGUCCAGGAGUUCCUCGUGCGCAGCUUCCGCGCCAAGAGGAGGAGGGACUCGACGAAGCCCCUGUUCCACCACUUCACCACGGCCAUCGACACGGAGAACAUCAAGGUGGUGUUCAACGCCGUGCGGGACACCAUCAUCCAGAACAACAUCCAGCAGCUGCUGCUCAACUGACGCGG